AUUUUUCAGGUCUUCUCAUGAAACCAGAGACCCCGACUGUAACUGCUGUAACCUGACAAUUUAAUUUGAAAUGGAGAGUAUCACACAGUUGUUCAAUGAUUUGUGUGAAGCUCACUUGACAGGUUUGCCAUGGAAGGUCCACCUAGGCAGGCAGAAGAUCAGCAAGAGAAUGGCUAAGCAAAGUCUGAAAAAGGUUGCUUAUAAUGCCCUAUUUUUAAACCUUUUUCAAGAUGAGGCUCGUAAGCUACAGUCAAACAUUUCCAGGCUUCCAGUGAAAAACAAAAUUUUGAUGCUGUCUUUCAAUUUGAGAGUUGGUGGCCUGGGUGCUCAAGCGGAUAGACUGGAGAACCUUGUGGAGGAACUGGAAACAGCUGAAUGCUUACCAUUUACUGAAGUUAAUUCUGUCUUGGAUCUCUUAGUACAGCUUGCUGGAACAGGUCCUCCUCAGCUUGUACCACAGAAAAAGGACUAUUUUCUGAACAACAAAUAUGUUGGAAGAAACGUCAAAUAUCAGGGUUAUGAUUAUUAUGAUGUAAGCGUGUUUGAAGCUGAUAUACAAUCUCUGAUAACAAACGAAGAAUGCCUGUUCGAUGACACAAUUCAAAAGACACUGCAGAUAAUGGAGGCUGCACCUGGCACUGGACUCCCUGCCAUAGGGUUGUUCUCUCAGAGCUAUCCUGCUGGUGACAAGUUUGAGAGAGAAACACGGGUCUCACUCUUCGGUGCUCUUGUCCAUAGCCGUACAUAUGAUAUGGACAUCAGGUUGGACUUGCCACCGGUGCCUGACAAUGCAGAUUUGUCUGGACUUGCCAUUAAAGUUCCUCAAAGUAUAGACCAGUCAGAAGAUGAGGGAUUCCAGUCAGCAUCCAAUCUGACUCCUGAUUCUCAGUCAGAGCCAAGCAUAACUCCAGAUAUAGACCUGUGGGAUGCAGUGCUUACGUAUGGACCCAGCAAACGGAGGUGUUGGGAAAGAAUUGGAUACCCACCUGGUAAGAAAGAGGAACCAUACCUUACUGAAGCUGGGAGGGAAGCUUUUGACAAAUUUUACAGUCUUCGAGAAGGGCAAUUGCAGCUGGUUAGUGACACUGUCCUUCAGCUUCCACAGCUUGUGCUGAUGAAAGAACCUGAACUGGUGAAGGACGUCUUGAAUGUCCUCAUUGGUGUGGUAUCCACUACAUUUUCACUCAAUCAGGCUGCUCAGUCAUUUGUGAUAAAGGAGGGGGUAUAUGUAUCUGGGACUUCACCAGAGGCAAUGCACAACCUGCUCUCAGAAGUUGCAGAGUAUGGAACCCAUUACACACGACUAAGUCGUUUUUCCCUUCAGCCAGUUAUAGAUUCUUCAUACAGCAAAGGACUUGUGUUUCAGGCAUUCACAAGUGGACUGAGAAAGUAUCUUCAAUAUUACCGAGCCUGUGUUUUGUCAACACCUCCUACUUUAAGUCUUCUAACAAUCAGCUUUCUCUUCAGAAAACUAGGUCGUCAGUUGAGGUAUUUAGCUGAACUUUGUGGCAUAGGAACAACAACUCUGGGGAUCAGCGGUGGAGCUGGUGCUGCAUUUCCUACAGGUGUUAAAUUGCUUUCGUACCUGUACAAAGAGGCUCUCAACAACUGUAGCAACGAGCAUUACCCAGUUCUUCUGUCUUUGUUGAAGACAAGCUGUGAGCCAUACACAAGAUUUAUCUAUGAUUGGGUAUACAGUGGUGUGUUCAGAGAUGUUUAUGGAGAAUUUAUGAUCCAAGUGAAUGAGGAUUAUCUUUGUUUCAGAGAUAAACAUUACUGGACCCAUGGUUAUGUUUUGAUUUCAAAAGAAGUAGAAGAUUGUGUGCCCGUAUUUCUUAAACAUAUUGCUAAUGAUGUAUAUAUAUGUGGGAAAACCAUAAACCUACUGAAAUUGUGCUGUCCUAGGCACUAUAUAUGUUGGUCUGAUAUACCUGUUCCCCGGAUUUCAGUCAUUUUUUCAAUAGAGGAGCUCAAAGAAAUAGAGAGAGAUUGUGCAGUGUAUGUAGGUCGAAUGGAGAGGAUUGCCCGAUACAGUUCCAUAAGCAAGGAGGAAAAGGAUUUGCGCAUGGAAAUAGCCAAACAAGAAUUAAUUGUUCAUGCUCGAGAAACUGCUAGCAGGGUACUAAAAGCCAUUAAUGAUCGACAGGUAUCAGAACGGAUGGCUUUGGAUGCAAAGAAACGGGAACAGUUUCAGAAGCUGAAAGAGCAAUUUACAAAAGACCAAGAGCGUCGCCUUGCAAUAAAGCAAGAGGAGAUUGAUGAUGAUUUCAGCUUUGCUCGAGAGCUCAGAGAGAGAGAGAAAAGACUGAAAGCUUUAGAAGAAGAACUGGAAAAAAAGGCAAGGCAGGAAUUAAUUGACCAUUAUAGCAAACUUUCUGACGAUGCAGCCCGUAGGGAGCAAAGAGCGUUAUGGAAAAUCCAGCGGCACAAGUUGGAAACAGCUCGACUGAAGUUUCUAUUAGAAGAUCAAAAACGCAUCGAGGAAAUGCUUGAAAAACUUCCAGAUGGAAACUACAGGAGAAAAUUAGAUAUUAUUCCUUAUAAAGAGUGCCAGUUGGCUUUAGAUGAAAAACCUGUUGUGAAAGAUCCACAUUCACAGAUGUCUUCUCUGAAACCUCUGCAUUCGUAUGAGACAGAUGGCAGAAAAGAAUCUGAGCCUGGACUGCAACAUGCUGCUUCUGCUGACAAAGCAUUGCCCAUGCCCUGGCCAACAAAUAAUAAUGCUGAUCAGCAUCUUCAGCCCAAAGCUGCAGGAUCUGAAAGCAGUCUCCAGGUUUCUGAGAAAGCAUUCAGUCCUCUGUGCAGUGCUGAUUCCUUGCCUGAAUCCUGUGUUAAUAUAGAAGAUUUCUUACUGAAGCCACAAGAUGAGCAGCCUGUUGCUGUCAGUGUACAAGGAUCAUCGCUAGAUGAAGCAUUCCAAAACAUUAAUUCAGAUCUUUCUGAGACUCCUCAAAUAAGUGAAAAUCAGCCUGUCUUGAGAGGAGCGCUGGAAGGAGACAGUGCACCAUUGCAGCAGCAAAAUGAGUAUGAUUUUAAUACAGUUCUCAGGCCAUCUGCAGCUUGUCAGGGACAUGUUCAAGUUGGAGAAAACGUAUUUGAUGUGGAGUACAGAAGGCCUCGGUGGAAUAUUCAUGGACAUGCAUCUGAUGCCAGCAUUAGAGUGGGAGAAUAUGUACCUCAUGCGGACACUUACCAGCCACGAUCAAGUCCUUAUGGGCAUUCUUCAGACUCCCAUAUAGAAACCAGCAGCUUUAUUUCUGAAGUUGAAUCUAGCCGACCCCGAUGGAAUAUUCAUGGGCAUAUUUCUGAAGGUCAUAUUAAAAUUGGGGAAUAUGCUUCAGAGGUAGAGCCUUCAAGGCCUAGGUGGAACAUUCAUGGGCAUGCUUCGGAAGCCAACAUUAAGAUUGGAGAGUAUGUGUCAAAUGUAGCUCCUACAAGGCCUCGAUGGAACAUCCAUGGUCAUGCGUCUGAUGCCAAUAUCAAGAUUGGUGAAAAUGUGUCAGAGGUGGUGUCAGCUAGACCCCGUUGGAACAUCCAUGGACAUGCUUCACAGUCACACAUCAAAAUUGGAGAACUGGUUUCAGAGACAGAGCCUUUGAAAUCUCGUUGGAGCCCAUUUGGUCACGCAUCCCAGUCAAGCAUCCAAAUAGGGGAGUGGGCCCCAUCAACAGAGAAUGAUCCAAUACCUCAUCGUAGAACCAUUUCAGGUCCUUCAUCUGACUCCACAGUUCAGACACUUCUGUACAGUGAAGAGUUAUCUCCUGCUGAAGGGAGCAGAAAGGAAGCAAAAACCUCACAAGCUGAGGAAAAGUCUUCACCACAGGCAGAAUCAUCUGACAGUGUUCCAGUCUUUCCUGAUGCUAAUAUUAAAGGUGACAAAAAAGAAAAUACAAUGGAAGAGAAGCGAGAAGUAAUUGCAAAUGAGGUCAACAAGGACCCUUCUCCAGAUUCCUCACAGAACUUACAGGUGGAAGAACCUGAAAAAACAGUUACAGUGGAUCCUGUGCCUCCCAAGGCUAAGGAGGAGGAAGGGGAAGAGGAAGAUGCAUGGAAGAAAGAACAAGCUUAUUUGAAAGCCUUGUCAGACCAGUACUGUAUUGAAAAAUAUCAAGAUAGUUAUGAUUUAAUGUCAGAACUACCAGUUUCUCAUCUCUUGCAUCAUGUGAUACCAAGAUCCUACACUUUUCCCGUGGAUCCUGUGGUACAAUCAGCAACAGAUGAAACGGCUGUACAGCUGAGUGAGCUCUUGUCUCUGCCAGUGCUGAUGAAACGUUCUAUUACUGCUCCACUUGUAUCUCAUGUUUCUCUUGUGAACAAAGCAAUAGUUGAUUACUACUUUGUGGAACUGAAUGUAGAGAAGCAUUUUGAAGCACUGAGACAUUUUUUGUUAAUGGAAGAUGGGGAGUUCGCUCAGUCGCUCAGUGACCUGCUAUUUGAAAAGCUUGGAUCAGGACAGACACCUGGUGAACUGCUGAAUCCACUGGUUCUUAAUUCCAUCCUAAAUAAAGCAUUACAGUACAGUCUUCACGGUGACACCCAGCUUGCUUCCAAUCUUUCUUUUGCCCUCAAGUUUCUUCCAGAAGUGUUCCAGCCCAAUGCACCUGAUGCUCUGAGUUGCUUAGAGCUGAGGUACAAGGUUGACUGGCCUCUGAACAUUGUCAUUACCGAGAGCUGCAUGAAUAAAUAUAACAAGAUCUUCUCCUUCUUGCUGCAGCUGAAGCACAUGGUGUGGACUCUCAAGGAUAUUUGGUUUCACUUAAAACGCACUGCUUUAGUGAGUCACGCAUCAAAUUCCGUUCAGUUUCGACAGCUCCAGCUGUAUAAACAUGAAAUGCAGCAUUUCGUGAAAGUUAUUCAAGGUUACAUUGCUAAUCAGAUUCUUCACGUUACGUGGUGUGAAUUUGGAAACAAACUGUCUUCAGUAGGCAACCUGGAAGAAAUUCACAGAACGCAUGCUGAGUACCUCAACAAAGCAAUCUUCAGGGGUCUGUUGACAGAGAAGGCAGCCCCUGUGAUGAACAUCAUACAUAGCAUCUUCAGCCUUAUCUUGAAGUUCCGCAGCCAGCUGAUCUCUCAGUCAUGGAGCUUUGAUGCAGGCAAGCAGAUGGCUGUUCAUCCCAACUUUGGUCUGAUGCAGCAGUCAUACAAUACCUUCAAGUAUUACUCCCACUUCUUAUUCAAAGGGUGUCCAAAAGUGGUGUCAAAGGACCAAAGACAGGUAUUUCAGGAUGAGUUAGAAUGGCUGCUUCCAGAUCCUACAGGAAGGCAGAACACCUCUGGGAGCCACCUAAGUUCAUACUACGAGAUCUAUGGUUGCUUCAUGGACAGAGAUUAAUAGACCAUUCCGUAAGGAAAUUUGCUGAGUGACCUAGUUCUUUACACCCUCUUCAUUAAGCACUACAAAACCAACCUGUGCUUGUUCCUCUACACUUGUACCUUCAGUCACUGUGCAUUGUAAAAUGCUGUCUUUCACGAGGGGUGAUCCAGAAUCCAUUGAAAGCCAAUGCAAAGUAGUCUGGACUUCAAUGGCUUUGGCUGAGGCCCUCAUUUCUAACUAUACACUUGCCCUUCUUCCUUGCAUGUUACUACUGCUUGCUGCUUCCCUUUGUACGAGUGCAUGGGAUGCUUAUGAGCUUAGGGAGUUUUUACUGCCUUUUUUCCUGUGUCAUUUAAGGAUGUUUAGAGCAGUCAGUUGUUCAUUCAUAGAGGUUGAAGGGUUUGUCCCAGGAGCUUCUCUUUGAUCUUCAUUGUCACAAUGGACUUUGCUCAAGAAAACUUCAGCAGAACUUCUUUCACAGAGGUCACAAGAGGACCUAAACAUGCUCUCUGGUCAGUUGAACUAAUGAUAAGAAUGAACGCAUAAGCUUAUAGUGAAAAAUACCUUGAGAAAGGAUUUCCUUAUUAGAAGAAUGCAUUUUCACCUAGACCUGUUGUGUAAUCUUAUUUUUGCAUCUUACUUAAAGUACUUUCUAAUUCUGGAAAGGGAUACUGCACCUCUC